AUGGAUUGGAGGAAUGGUCUAGGCUUUACGGAUCGACUCAAAGUCAUCCAAUCUCUCACCACGGCCUACCAACAAGGUUCUUCUGCCUCUGCCUUCACGGAGGCACAAACACAAGCUAGGCGAUGUGAAAUUGAAGCCUACGAAAAUGCCGUUUCCAAGGAAGACUACGACGGUAUUUGUCAACGGGCAAUUGAUGCUGCCGAGACCGCAUCUGUAGCACCAGGGACUGGCACUGAUAACUUUCAUGAUGUAUCCCAGGAGUCGGAGACGUCUGACGUCCCAACGGGUGAAAUACUCGGCCAGUACACAUCGUGUUUCCAUCACUUUGACGGGCUGCAUUCCACGAUAUACAAGUCGAAAGCUGACGACGGUACGGUCCGCGCCGUGAAAGUAACCAUUCCGCAUCUCAUGACAGCUCCUCAUGAUGCUCAACGAGAAGCUAGACUAUUGCGUGAAGCCCAUGGUCCCCACUUUGGCAUUUCCUGGAAAGAAGGAGACCCCGGAUCGGAGCCAUCUCACGAGAAGAUCACGGACGUCGGAACCACCUGUUACCGACCCCCCGAGAUCCUAUUCGGCGACAAGACAUAUGGAACGGCUCUGGAUCUCUGGGCCGCAGGUUGUGUGGUGGCCGAAGCGAUUGGGGUGGGACAUCGAGCCCUAUUCGAUUCCGGCCCCGUGGGUAGCGAUCUAUCGCUCAUUGUGUCUAUAUUCAAAACACUAGGAACCCCGGACGAACAGAUCUGGCCGGGAGCGUCAAACCUGCCCGACUGGGGAAAAGUGCAAUUCUACGAUUUCCCGGCGCAGACCUGGGACGAUAUUCUGCCAAGGGCCUCCUCCAAUGGACGUGAUCUCGCCCGCCAGUUGCUCUGCUACGAGAGUAGCGAGAGAAUCACGGCCGACGAGGUAAGUCCACCGCGACCGCGCGGGCACUUGGACACCCGUAUUUCUCCACAUUUUAAUAUCAAAACAAACCUCCUUGCAUCUGGCCCCAUUGAGCCUCCCUAUUUCAUUAAGAUUCAGAUCAUAUCCAAACACCCACCUGGAGACGGGGGAAGACAACGUGAUGAGUGGAACUCCCAACUGAACCUUGAACUUGAAAAGAUCUUCGGCUGCACCGGAAAUUGCGAAUUGACACAUCGGGCAAUGAGAAUCGGGAACAUGGUUUCAUCCCGUGCCCCGCGUCGAAGCGAAGGAAAGUCGACCACGUUUGGGGGGUCUACGGGCGGCGCUAGUCGUUUAGUGAAGGGACCGAGGGUCUCCAUCAUCGUUCAAGAUCUUGUUAGCAUCAACUUCGCCAUGGUGCACGGGCAUGCCCACGUUCAUGAGCACCGCCCUCACGAAAUUGAGAUGCGGGGCUUCCUGGACGAAAGAUCCAACCCCUUUGAGGAUGCCUACGAUGCUAUGUCCAAAAGCUGGAAAGACGCGUUUGAUACCGACGAUGCUACCACUACCGCCAAAGAAGAUACCGCUACUAAGACUGCUGCGAACGUUGGUGUAGGUCCCGCAGUGGCAGCGACCAGAACAACCUCGUCUGAGACCAUGGAGAAACCGACCGAGGCGGCCCCUACUACGACCAAGAAUACCGAGAAGCAUGAAGCUACCACCACUAGCGAGAAAGAGGCCAUCAAGACCGUGACGCAUACCACACAAUCCACGGAAACUCGCACUGAGGAGCCUACCAAAGAGUCCACUAAGACCACAGCUGAGGCUAUUACCUUCACAUCUUCUGAGGAUAACAAGACAGUUACCAAGAUUGAACCUACGUCGACCACAAACAUCAGCUUUGUAACCUCGGUGACCUCUACGGCUGAACCUACCAAAGAUGUAAAUGUCCUGGCUGCGACCAACACUGUCUCGGCCACCAAUUCGGCUGCAUCAGCUUCAUCUACUUCGCUUAAAAACGAGUCCGAGGGAAUGUCCUCCGGUGCCAAGGCCGGAAUUGCCAUUGGUGUCAUUCUCGGUGUGGGUGUGAUUGCUGCUCUGAUCUUCUUCUUCAUCCGCAAGAAGAAACGCGCUCAGUCCUUGGAGGAGGAAAAGGAGAACGAGAAAUUAGCGUACAUUCUCCCGCCACCUUCCCCAGUCUCGAAGCAACUGAAUGCUUCAGCUGCUCCGCGACUCAAUGUUCGCCCGAUCACUCAGUUUGCGCCUGACCUGAGCGGCAAUGGCGACUUGAACCCGGCCUCUGCUGCUGGCGUCGCUGCCGGUGCCGGCACUGGGGCAGCAGCAGCAGCAGCUUCUCGCAAUCUUACCGGGAACUCGCCGCCUUCGACCCCUCCCAAGUCUGCCGCUGGCUCUAACCCGUUCAAUGACCCCGUCAAUCCAUUCAGUAAUGGCAACGACGUUGCUGAAGACGCGCCUGGUAUCGGACAGACCGCCGCAGGAGCUGCCGCCGCGGGAAUUGUUGCUGAAGCCGCCGUGGCCAACGAACGCGCUCCCUCUCACCCUGGGUCUUCCCCGAGCCCUGUCAGUUACGAUGGCGAGUCAGUUGCAUCUGCAACAUUCGCUGGUGAUGGUGCGGCUGGAAUGAGUGCCGUUGCGGGUGCCGCUGCUGGCACAAGCCCUAAUAAUGUCCACCGCGUGCAAAUGGACUUUAACCCCUCGAUGGAAGACGAAUUGGGCCUCCGUACUGGUGCACUGGUUCGAAUGCUCCACGAAUACGAUGACGGAUGGGCUCUCUGUAUCCGUCUUGAUCGGUCUCAACAAGGCGUGGCUCCACGGUCUUGCCUUUCUGCGCGCCCUGUGAAGCCUCGCUCGCGUCCUCCUCCUGGAGCUCGCGGUCCUCCAGUCAUGGGUCCAAACGGCCGUAUUCCCUCUGGUCCGCCGCGUGGACGCUUUUACCCCGGUGACGCUCGGCCAAGGUCCCCCGCUGGCCCUGGAUACGGCCCUGGUUAUGGCGGUCUGCCGCCUCCCCGCCCAUACCCUCAGAGCCGCUCUGCAUCACCCGUCCAGUUCCCCAUGCCUGGCCCAAUGGGCCCUUCAAUCCGACCAGUUCACCGUUCAAUGUCACCUGGCCCCGGUGUCCGACCAGUCCCUCGGUCCUUGAGCCCCGGGCCCAACGGACCUGCUGGCAUGCAGCGUCAACCUGUGAUGCCAAUCAACCAGCAACAGCGUAGUAACAGCGCCAGCAACUUCCCUCCCCCAAACGUGGGCCCUGCGCCUCCGCAGUCUCCCAGCCCUCUCGCUGUGGCCGAGCCUCCAGCUCCAGCUCCUACCGCCGAACUCCCCGCGCUUCCCAGUGCGCACACUUCUCCCGGAUCGCAGGCUCAUGGGGGACCUCUUCCCUCGCAAAACUUCUAG